UUCCGCGAAGAAAGGAGGCUCAACACUUGCUGACGAUUCUGUCGAUCUCUCUUGUAAAACCCAUUAUAAAAUAAGGUUAUCUUGAAGAUCUGAAAAUAGCAACCAUACGCCAAGAGAUAUUUUUUCCGAAUGCCGAUGAGAAGCAAAGGUUUUUACAAUGCCUUGCAGAGUACCAUUCGCUAAGUCUCGGACCCAGGAGUACCCAUGAGCACUUGGUCAUAUAUAUGAUUAAUAGAAGCCAUCUGCACCUGCAUCGCGAUUAAUAUAUGUGGUCGUAAAAAUAGCCAAAUCUCGUUUAUUCAAAUUAAAAGAUUGAGGCUGAAAUCAACGGUAGAAAGAACCGAGCUCACAGCAGCACCUGAUAAAACCACCACAAUUCUGGGGAAUUCCAAGUGAUCCAGUCUCGGGGCCGCCCGCACAACGAAUAAUUGGGGAAAAUACGGAAGCGAGGUAGAUUUACCAGCCGUUGCAUGAGUUGCGACGCAUCUUAUGCUACCACAUCUCACUGUUGGGACAAUAUAUUUUUAGGAACAAGCCCGAUACAACCUCAAAGAUUUCAAUUGGAACGGCCGAGACAAUCCGAAAGGCCAGUCUCUAUUCUUUGUCGCCCCAGAGGCUCAAAAGGUCAGACGGAAGUGCAGUCCUGCCCUCCUCAAUCUGCUCCGAGAUACACAGAGGGCCAUUGCCAUCCCAGCUGAUCUCGAAGCAGCUGUGGUCUGAGUCUCUAACCGCAUCCAUAAUUCGCUUGAUGAGAGCGUGGAACCGAGCCAAGAGGGACGAGUGGGCUGUUUCCCAGUCGAGAAUCUUUUGCCUGAUGGGGGUAACCGUGGGAUGAUCGAACAGGCCUGAAUUGUGGUACGCGAUGACAAAAUUGGGGGUUUGAUUCGCCCAGAGCCUGGGAAGUAUCUCUUCCAUAUUGUAGGACUUGUAGUAGGCCCGUGUCUUGAUGUCGAAAAUUUGACCUUGUGCAACUACAUUGCCAGCCAUUCUCAUCUUCAACUUUCCACUCUGAGAUGGUCUUUCGAUACCAACGGCAAUUCUGUCAAGCGUGUCCUCAAGUGUGAGACCUCCACUAGUACCUGCGGUAUCAAACGCCCGCUUCGAAUUGCUUGGCUUGACAUAGCCGUCCGUUUCUGUUCGGAUGAGUAUAUCCAACCCGCCAAAGUCAUAUUGAAUGAUUCGUUGGUGUGAGCAAGAGUUUCGAACGUCUGCAUCCCAAGUUGUAUAUGCUUCUGGGAACGUAUGACCCCAGCCCUGCAGGUCCGUAAUGAUGUCCGUAGGGGAGUUCUCUCGUCGAAUGAAGAGGACUGUGUCGCCUACCACAUUGACGCCGAAUCGAAAGGGCUUGUAUUGGCCUCCAGCGCACCUCAUAAGAUUUCCGAGUGUACUACCACAUCCCACUAUGUCCAAAGAAUUAAACUCGAAGUUCGGCCGCAUAGCAAGCACUGAUCGAACAGCAGGCUCCAGGGGGUAUGCGGGAUAUCUAGCGGCGUUGAUAUCUCGAAAUACAUCCUCGCUGUCUGGCUUCAGUCGUGUGUCUUCGGCAGGUGGGUUCCAAGCUGGAGGACAUCCUGAAGUAUCGAGAUGUUAGCGAACGUUAUGGUAAAGUAAACAAGACUUAACGAAGAUCACUAUUCGCCCAGCGACCCGUCACAAAGCAGGCUGUAUUGUUGAGUACACUGAGAUGUAAGGGCAUACCGGGAACGAGAAUCUCUGGGCUUUUGCCGUUGACCCAGUUGUAGGAGGCGAUGUAGCGAACAUCUCGUAUUAUUGGAGCUUCCAGCUCGACCAAAAGUGCAUUCACAUCGAUGCUAUCCACUGCUGGCCCCAGAGGCUGAGGAGCAGGUGGUGGUGUUGAUUGUUCUGCUGAAAUGGGAAUUGAGUUUCCCAGUCCUCGCCAACCACGCGUUUGCCCCACCCCUCUGCCGCGUGCUGUGCCCCUCCACCCACGACUUCCCCGACUCCAACCUCCACGACAAGUAUCUUGAGAAUUCAUCAUCCUUGUAUAGGAUCUUGGAUUUAUGACGAACAAGAACAGUCAAGUAGUUCUUGCGCACUCGGCUUUAUUUCUCGCAAUCGUGGCGGAGACUCGACCUCAAGAGGACCGUCUGCCUUUCACAUUAUCAUGGUCGUCAUAUUUCUCCUCUCAGCCACCCAACAGCAGUGCUGCAAGGCUCCGUUGUCCAACAAACAGACCGUCUCAUAGGCUGCAGCCAGCCAACGAUCGGAAGAAACAUGAUCUUCAAUAGGCAGCUCUUGCAGAAGCAUCUGCAAAGCCCUCCAAAUGGGACCAGCAAACGGCUGUGAUGGGCUCGCUCCAGCCAGUCCUCUCCGCGAGGCGCCCUUCUCAAAGCUAGACCCUGUAUUCCAGUGGCUCACUUAUCACAAAGCAAACCGUUUUGGUCUCACCGUGUAUGUCGGUAUCCUGGUACAGAAUCUCUGUGAAGGAGAGAGAAGUGAUCUUGGCCUUGUCCAGCCAGUUCAUAUAUCCGGCUUGUCUUGACCUCUUUUUGAAUGUUCAGGCGAUUUCAAGCACAUAUUACUGGGGUAGAAACGCCAACCCAAUCAGUCAAUACAACUUUCUUAUCCAGAGGCAGUCAUUCAAGUAACCAGAUCUCCAAUGGCGUCACCAAGUCUUGAUGACCCCCGAUUCCUACGGCUCUCCAAAUUCUUCAACGAUGUGUUGUAUGGCAGAAGAAUUCUUAAUUCUUCAAGAGAUGGGAAACUGUUUCUGGAAUCCGUCUGUGUUCAACCAGAUCAUGCAACAUGCGCACACAAAAUCCUUACGAGCCCCUCGGGUCGGGUGGCGCUCCAAGCAUCCAUGAGAUUUGACACAUCUUGUCCAUUCCUUAACGAUAAUGCACUACAGCUUCUCAAAUACCUGCAGUCUCCACAAUUGAAAGCCAUAGAAUCUGGAGCCGUUCUGUCCAAAAUUUUGAUCAGUAUCGUCGAACCAGCAUUCUUCUGGGACGCUUUCACUAAAGCAUUUGUGGAUUCUCUACUUUGUCCAGAAGCUGUUUCGGCAUAUUCAUGGCUGCUUCUACAGCUAGUCCGUCUUCCUGGAACAGCCUCAUCUGUUUAUAUUCAACUUGCCAGCUCCUCAAUCUUGGACCUGAUCUUGAACUCAUCAGAUGGAGACACACGGAAUCUAGGACAGAAAAUCAAGCACUCACUUCCAUUAUCAGACGAGGAUCUACAUAUUGAUGCCGAUGUGAAGCCUGGGGGAAGGCAUGGUAACGAUCACGCAGACUAUCGACGUAUCACGAUCAUGCCCACAGCGGACGAGCUUCUUUCUCAAGAUCGCCCUUUUUUUCGCCCAGCCAAUUUCAUUGACGACCCCGAGUUCGCUGCUACUCGUCGGCAGUUACAUGUAGACAACCAGUUUCGACUCCUUCGAGAAGAUAUGCUUGGAGAAAUCAGAGAAGAGAUGAAAAUCAUGACGGGCUCCAAGACUGGCCGGCAUAAAGGCUUGACUGUUGACAACUUGAAGCUGCGCGGGAUUGAAAUGGGGACCGAAAAAAAGCGUGCUCCGUGGGGAUUGAAGUUUCACGUGGAGAACGGGUUACCGAAUAUGAAAAACAUUACCGGCAGCAAGCGCAAAUCGUACCUCAGUGAUAACCGACACGUUCUUCGCCAUGGAAAUAUGGCUUGCCUUUUUAUCGAUGAUGAACCUGUUGCGUUUCCUACCAUUCUACGGAACGAGGACGAGUUAGCCCAGGUCCCGGCAAUAGUUACUGUCCAGUUCCAAGAAGACGAUACCUUGUCUGAAGCGCUUCUCCGGAUGAAAACAGCCAAGAGCAUUCGACUGGUUCAGCUGGACUCGGCAACUUUUGCAUACGAGCCUUUCUUGCGACGACUUCAAGCCAUGAGUGAUCUUCCUCUUGCGUCAGAGCUGCUGCAAUGGGAGGAGGGAAAAUCUCUUGCUGAACCAACCUGCAGACCAUCUGAUAUUCUGAGAAAACUCGAGUCAAUGCAAGGACGGGACCUCAAACGAGUCCUAGGAACAAAAACAAGUGUUGUACUAGAUGAGUCCCAAAUGCGAUCUCUUUGUGCAUGCUUUUCACAGUCCUUAAGCAUGGUACAAGGCCCUCCUGGUACUGGUAAAUCGUUUCUCGGAGCAUUGGUUGCGAAGGUACUUCACGACUCAACUGACCAAGUCGUACUUGUUGUCUGCUUUACCAAUCAUGCCCUCGACCAGUUCCUUGAGGACCUGAUGAAAAUUGGUAUCCCAUCAGCUGACAUGGUUCGUCUUGGAGGCAAGUCCACGGAUCGUACGAAACCUCUUAUGCUUCGCGAGCAAAAUUCUGUCAAACUCACCGCGAAGCAUUGGGCUGAAAUCGAUAAGCUUAAGCAGAAACUUCAAGAACAUGAAAGACGUCUUCGGGAUACUUUCAAGCGAUAUCAUUCUACCAAUGUACAGAAACGACAUCUUCUGGAGUAUAUCGAAUUCGAAGAGCCGGCGUUCUUUGAUGCCUUCACCGUUCCGACAGAAAAUGAUGGCAUGACCCGGGUUGGAAAGAAAAACAAAGCAGUAGAUCCAUUCCACCUUCUUGACCGAUGGGCUCGUGGGCAAAUGAAUGCAGGCGUGUAUCAACAUGUCCAGCCAGAAGGCGCAGCGACGAUCUGGCAGAUGACCCCUAUGAUGAGAGACAGUUGCAUGAAUCGCUGGAGAAAUGCUAUUUUCGGCGACCUUGUCACUGAAAUGCGAACAACCGGCAGGGCUUUCAAUGCUGAUCAAUCUGAAUUAGCCCGGAUAUUUGGAGAGAAGGAUGCCAGCAUCAUAAAGGGCAAGAGAGUCAUUGCUUGCACAACAAAUGGGGCGGCAACUUAUGCUUCUGCGAUACAUGCGGCUUCUCCUGGAAUUGUGCUCGUUGAAGAAGCCGGUGAGAUCUUGGAAGCUCACAUCCUGACGUCUCUUGGCCCGCACACGCAGCAAUUGAUUCUUAUCGGAGACCAUCAACAACUCCGGCCAAAGUGCUCGUAUGAAUUGAGUGUCGAACAGGGUGAUGGGUUUGAUCUGAAUCGCUCUCUUUUUGAAAGACUCGUCCUCAAAGGCUAUCCACAUGUGACACUUACAAAGCAGCAUCGCAUGCGACCAGAGAUCUCAUCAAUGGUCCGGCACCUGACCUACCCAGAUUUGACGGAUGCCGACUCAACACUCAAGCGCCCUAACCUUCGUGGUUUCCGAGACAACGUCAUGUUCAUUGAUCACCGCGAGCCAGAGGUUGAGUUGAAGAAUUCCAAAGAAAUGAGAGAUGGCAAGACAUCGUCAAAAGAGAAUGCCUUUGAGGGGCAAAUGAUCCUGAAAUGUGUGCGAUACCUAGCUCAGCAAGGUUACGGAUCUGAUAAACUUGUUGUAAUAACACCCUACCUUGGUCAACUAAAGCUCCUCCGAGAUCAGCUCGCUAAAGAGAAUGAUCCGAUCUUGAAUGACCUUGACAAAUUUGAUCUCAUCAGGGCAGGUCUUCUUUCGGACCUUGGUUCCAAGACAUCCAAGCCGUCUCUGAGGAUCUCAACCAUCGACAAUUACCAGGGAGAAGAGAGCGACAUCGUGUUGGUCUCCCUUACCCGGAGCAAUAAAUCUCACGACAUUGGCUUCAUGGCAGCUCCAGAACGACUGAACGUACUCUUAUCUCGAGCACGCGAUGCAUUGAUCAUGAUUGGCAACUCCGACACGUUCAUGAAUGCCCGCAAAGGUAAGGAAGUCUGGCGGAAACUCUUCGAUCACCUGAAACAAAACGGUCACGUGUAUGAAGGCUUCCCAGUGAAGUGUGAGAAGCACCCGGAUCGGACCGCGCUGCUCUGUACACCAAAUAAAUUUGAAGAAGUGUGUACGGAUGGAGGCUGCAAUGAGCCAUGUGGUACUUUAUUAAAGUGCAAAAUACACAAGUGCCCAAGCAGUUGUCAUCAACUUUUUGACCAUUCCCAGAUGAAGUGUCAUGCAGUUACGAAGCAGAAAUGCCCAAAUGGCCAUAGCCAAUCCUGGCAAUGUUUUCAAGGCAGUCCAAAAUCUUGCAACCCGUGCGAGCGCGACAGGAAGAUUGCAGAGAAGAAAGCUAAAAAGGCUCUGGAAGAUCAGAUAAGACGAGAGGAGAUGAAGCAGAAUCAUCUGAAAGAGAUGUCAAAGUUAGAUGAAGAGCUAGAGAAACUCAUACAAGGUAUGCAAGAUACGAGGCUUCAGGCCGAGCAAGCUGGUAUUCUAGCGCAGAAGCGAAAAGAUCUAGAUGCUGCGCAGGCAAGAGCAAGAGCGGCUGUAAAUGCUCCAAAGCCGGACCAUGACUCUGACUCCGAAGAGGUUGCGAAGCAACAGUCACCGAUAAUAAAGCUUUCUCAACCUCCUAAGACUUCUGGUCCGUCCAAAAUUACUCCCACGACGCGAAGUCAGAUUCAAAAGCACAUCAGAAUAGCCAUUGAUCACAGCAAGUCGGCCUCCAAGACCGAAUGGCAGCGCCAAAAAGACCAGGAAAACGCGAACAACCCAGCUAUUGACGAUAUCAUGUCCAUGAUCGGACUAGAAGACGUCAAGUCACAGGUUUUGAAAAUCAAGUCGAAAGUCGAGACAUCGAUUCGUCAGAAUACCGAUCUGAAGAAAGAACGUCUUGGUCUCGUUCUUCUAGGAAACCCCGGUACCGGCAAAACAACUGUCGCCAGGCAUUACGCCAAAGUUCUCACAUCCCUCCAAGUACUUACGGGAGAUGGAUUUGUUGAGACCACAGGAUCACGUCUUGCCCACGGUGGCAUCAAGGAGGUACAGGACCAUUUCAAGCAGCUGGAAAAUGCCAAUGGCGGUGUCUAUUUCGUGGAUGAGGCAUAUCAACUUGCAGAGGGGCACAACUUUGGAGGUAAAACUGUUCUCGACUACCUUCUUGCCGAAAUUGAGAAUCUUACUGGAAAAGUCGUCUUCAUCUUCGCAGGCUAUCGAAAGCAGAUGGAGAAGUUUUUUGAAACCAAUCCGGGAUUUCCUUCGAGAAUUCCCUAUACCCUCCACUUCGAAGACUACGAGGACGGUGAGCUUUUACAGAUGCUUCAAUACCAGAUCAACAAGUUCUACAACGGGACAAUGGACAUUGAGGAUGGGCCUGGCGGGCUAUAUAUGCGCAUUGCUGUACGUCGACUUGGAAAAGGUAGGGGCAGUGAUGGAUUUGGUAAUGCUCGAGCUCUUGAGAACUUAUUUGCUCGAAUACGAGAACGACAGUCAAAUCGGCUUUCAAACGAGCGUCGAGAAGGCCUGAUCUCGGACGACUAUCUACUGACAAAGGAAGACCUUAUCGGACCCGAUCCCUCACAAGCAAUCUUGACUUGUGACGCCUUGGUUCGUCUACAGAAUCUGACCGGCUUGAAAUCCGUCAAGAAAUCAGUCAGCUUCUUGAUCGAUCUCAUUAAAACCAACUACAACAGGGAACUUCUCGAAAAGCCUCUUGUCGAGGUUUCUCUUAACCGCUGCUUCCUGGGCUCCCCUGGUACAGGCAAGACUACCGUGGCAAAAUUGUAUGGCCAGAUACUGGCGGCCAUUGGGAUGUUGAGCAACGGCGAAGUCGUUGUCAAGAACCCUGCGGACUUCAUUGGGAGCGUCAUGGGUCAAUCAGAAGCCAACACCAAGGCAAUACUUACGACUACUGUAGGCAAAGUUCUAAUCAUCGACGAGGCGUAUAUGUUAUACUCUAGCACUGGCACAGCUGGUGGUACAAACGACAUAUACAAAACUGCUGUAAGCUAAUCAAAUGGCUUGAGCUGUACUCGUAUUCUCUCGAGUUCAAUCUCUGACAGAACCAGGUGAUCGAUACUCUUGUCGCUGAGAUCCAAAGUGUGCCCGGCGAAGAUCGGUGCGUUUUACUCCUUGGGUACGAGCCACAAAUGGUCGAAAUGUUCCAAAACGUCAACCCGGGCCUUACUCGAAGAUUUCCCAUUGCAGAUGCCUUCCAAUUCGAGGAUUUUACCGAUCCGGAGCUACAAGAGAUCCUUGAAUUCAAGCUUAAGAGCCAGGGUUUGGGUGCCACCAAAGAGGCCAUAACCGUAGCCAUCGACGCACUUGGUCGACAACGAAACGGACUUAACUUCGGGAACGGUGGCGAUGUGGAAAAUAUCAUUUCAAAAGCGAAGAGCAAUUACCAAUCUCGACAGUCAUUACUGCCACUUGAGGAUAGAUCCAUAGACUUUGUCUUUGAACCACAAGACUUCGAUCCGGACUUCAACCGAGCCACGGGAGCGGAAACUAAUCUCCAUGAGCUUUUCAAAGAUGUGAUUGGAUGUGAGGACAUCGUGCAAAAGCUCGGUGGAUAUCUUCAGGUUGCAAAAGGUAUGCGAGCUCAGGGUCUAGAUCCCCGAGAGCAGAUACCGUUUGCAUUCAUAUUUAAGGGUCCGCCUGGUACUGGGAAAACAACAACCGCAAGAAAGAUUGGCCAAGUCUAUUAUGACUUGGGGUUCCUUUCACAGGUAGAAGUCAUUGAAUGCUCUGCUUCGAAUCUCAUCGGGCAAUAUGUUGGUCAGACUGGGCCCAAAGUAAUCGCUCAGAUGGAGUUAGGCCUCGGCAAAGUUCUCUUCAUUGACGAGGCGUAUCGGCUCGGAGAAGGACUGUUUGCUCAAGAAGCUGUAAACGAGCUUGUGGACAACCUCACAAAGCAAAAGUUUAUAGGAAAGGUCGUCGUCAUACUUGCGGGCUAUGACGCAGACAUGAAUAACCUCCUUCGAGUCAACGAAGGCCUGAGCAGCCGAUUCGCAGACGAGAUCAUAUUCCCACCUCUGCGGCCCGAAAACUCCUUGAAGCUCCUAGAGUCUCGUCUCAGCAAAAGUCAAAUUCUGAUCCCAUCUAUUCGCGACGCUAUGAAGUACAAGGAGCUUCUCAAACCCAUCACAGAGCUUUCCAAACUUCCGGCUUGGGGAAAUGCGAGAGAUGUACAGACACUCGCUAAGAGUAUGGUCAGAGCUGUGUACCUGGAAUGUGCAUCUUCCACGAUAAAGAUGGAUCAACUAGUGCUGCCACACGAUACUGCGCUGCGAUGUAUUCACAGCAUGUUGACUGAUCGCCGUUCCAGGAGCAAUGCCGUUCCAUCUGUAUCGAAGGCAGACAUGGGCCCAAUUCAGUUUCGGGACAAUCCCCAACGCGCUCCUCCACAACCCACCACUUCGAUGGUUACCGCUAAUGCUGUCGCCUCAGAAUUUUUCGAAGAAUCGCCAUCUCCGGCAGCUGCGACUUCACCAGACCCCGACUCUCGCGACUCCGGAGUCUCUGACGCAAUAUGGGCCCAACUGGAGAAUGAUAAAGGGACUGCAAAACUGAUAAUUGAAAACCACGAGCGAAUGGUCCAAGAUCAACAAGAAGCCAUCCGUCGUGCUGAAGAAGCAGAGAAGAAGGCAGAAGAAGAAGCGGCUGUUCUUCGAGCCAUCGAAACUAAGAACGAAGCGGAAGCCAACGAGCUGUUGCGAAAACGCGAAGAAGCGAGGAUUCGAGCGAUGGAGGCUAAGGAUGAGAGGGAAAGAAUUCAGAAAGAGUUGGAAAGACGACAGAAGGAGGAGCAGGAAAGGCGUAAAUUAGAACAGCAAGCUCAAGCUAGGCUGCGCGAGAUGGGUAUAUGUCCGGCUGGUUUCCGAUGGAUUAAGCAGAGUGGAGGAUAUCGAUGUUCUGCAGGUGGCCACUGGGUGACGGACGCGCACUUGGGGCUAUGAUGCAGACUAUGAAGUGGAGAGUAUUAUUUACGGUACAUUGAUAUUUAUAGAGGAUGCUUGAGUUUGAAGUAUGCUGCAUACUGUCCCAAACCCAUCCAUAUUGAUACCUAGCGUCAAUUCAUCUCGCUUAGCAAUGUUUACGUGAGAACGGGGCGGGCGAGAUUAGCGUGCUGACCGGCACUUGGAUCCAUUUGCCCCGAAAGCAAGAGAUAGUCAGCCUCACGCUCGGAAAGCGUUUGACUUGAAAUGAUGUGCGAAGCUUAUUUUGAUCCCCAGGUAGAAGUCUCCAAGCAUCAAGCGACAUCAUUGCUAAAUGGUCUGCUGCUCCCCUGCUGCAAAAGCUUUCGGCCUGGUCCAACAGGGUGACGACCCGUGACGAAAGUCCUGUGCUGCUCUGGAAUAUUUCUCAAAGUAAAGUCGAUUGCUAUGUUAAUGGAAAGCGAGUCCUGAAAUGACAAGCCGGGUGCUAUCAAGCCUCCAUCGAAGCCGCAAAUUGUCCUAGAAGGUGACAAGCCUCCAACAAUGUUGCCUUUCUGAGACUGUCAUCCUCUCCCCAUCUCCCGUUGUCUCAGAUUUUUCUCGCUCAGACUCCUCCACUCUCCUCUAAUACGGCCUGAAUUCCAGUCUCAAACCUAGCGAUCUCAUCCUCACUCAGAGUCUUGUCAUCUGCUAGCCUUGUCGCCCAUGGGUUGAGAAAACUUGUCAGGCUCACGAAUCGGGGGAUAUACUUGUUGAUGUAGUCUCUGACAUACAUGAGUUGGGUGUUCGACAUCCCCUCCGAUACCAUUUCCCAGGCCUUGUCUGUCCCAUAUUCUCUUGGUGGAAUGUCUGCACUCCACUCUGGUUGCGUGCCCAUCACCUCCUGGUAUUCUUCGGAAUUUGGAUCUACCGGCUGCCCGUUGUAAACUCGUUUAACAGCAAGAAGCGCAAGGAGGGCACCAAAUUUGUCAUUUCCGACGUUGACAUCGACGAACAGAUUGCACCACUCGUGCCAGUAGUGGCCAAGUUGGAGGCGAUAAUCA